UAAAAAUGUCGGUUUGAAAAGUUUGUCGGGUUUGUGUUUUGUUUAAAAUUAAGUUUUGCUCAUAUUUAGAAAAGAAAUAAGUGCACGACAAAUAUAUAUUAUCGUAGUAAAAGUAAAGUAUUACUGUAAAGGUGUCAAAGGUUUUAAGUUAAUUGUUAUAAGUUGUAAAUAAAAUGCCAAGAACAAAACGGCCGGUUAAAAAAGUAGAUAAAGUCGCUGAAAGUGAUGAUACAUUGAAGAAGUUAAAUAAACUAGUUGCUGAUCAGAAGAAUAAGAUCGAUUCUCAUGCAUAUAUGGAGCAGAGGAAUGUGGAAGUAGCCUUCAAGAUUCUUCUCGGUUCACUAAAUGCUUCGUACUUAGAGAAAACUGUUGGACAGCUGAAGACGGAGCUGUGUCUCCGAGAGGUGACACAUCAACGGGCAACUCGGAAUUCAAGAAGAGCAGAUUCACAUGAUGAUGGCUACCUCACUGAAAACUCUGCCCAUGAUUCCGGAGAAAGAAAGAGCAAGAAACCAUUGGGUCCUCCGAGCACGUUAGCACGUAAGACGGCGCGCAGGUCGCGGUCUGCGGACGCGAGCCGCGCGCACACCGCCAGCAAGACGCAGAGCCGCUCCCGCUCCGUGUACAGGACGCCUAUGUACAACAAGAAUCCUAACAACUAUCCCGCUAUUACACCUAAGGUGGCGCCGCACACGCCGCUGACGGUGCUGCGUCAGCCGCGCCAGGGAGAGAUGGUGGUCUCCAUGUCGGGCUCCCCCGUGCUGGUGCCCUCCGUGUACGCUAUGCAACAAGAUGAGAAAGCAAGCUGCAAUAUAAUGCUGAAAGAUGGCACAAUGCUGUCCCUGCAGCCGAGGCAGCUGCGGCAAUCUCAGGCUUUCAUACCAUUCUCCCUGAUGGACUCCCACCUCCUCAGCCAGCUGAAGACCCUCAAGGAUAACCUGGUGAAGGUGGUGGAACUCGGAGAGAAGACCAUUGACAAGUGAUUAGUGUUUGAAGGGACUCAUUUCAGUGGUUUUAUUAUGAAAUAAUAUUCAUGUGGUGUUUAAUUUAAUAUGUGUCAAUUGUGACAAAUUUUGUCAAGAUUUGGUAAGUUUUGGUAAUAAGUACAAACAUCCAUACAUCCAAAGUUUAGUAUUAUAGUUUUUACUGGACAAGCAAGAGUCCAAAUGACAUCUUUGUCCAUAAAAAGCAGGCAAAAGCCGUAAUAGCAUAAGUAAAAAACUCUUGGUUUUGCUUCUAGAGGUUUCUUAACACUGUACAAUAACUAAGAGGCUUCUUAUCCAGUUCUCACUUGGCCAGGUAUUGGAGUAUGAAAUAUAUGUUUGAAUUUUGAUGUAA